AUCUGAGCUUAGUAGCCUAGCCUUCAAGGGGCAGUGAAUGGUUACUAAGCCACCACCUCGCUUUUGUUGCAACCACGCGGUCAAAAUACAACAACAAACGUCGAUCGUAACUUUUAGAUCUUCUUGACGAUCGAUUGUUCGGUAUUCAUGUCUUUCCGUGGACGAGGUGGCGGCCGUGGAGGUGGUGAUCGUGGCGGUGGCCGCGGUGGUCGUGGCGGUGGCCGAGGUGGCCGCGGAGGGGGUCGUGGUUUUGGAAGAGGUGGAAGAGGUGGUUUCCAGCAAAGAGACUUCGGCCCUCCAGAAUCUGUUACAGAGCUGGGCCAUGUCCUUCAUCCUUGUGAAGGAGACCUGGUGUGUAAAUGUACAAAUGAGAAGAUUCCUUACUUCAAUGCUCCAGUUUACUUAGAAAACAAGUCACAGAUUGGUAAAGUAGAUGACAUAUUUGGUCCAAUGACAGAUUUUUAUUUUUCAGUGAAGAUAAACACAGAUAUGAAAGCAUCUUCAUUUAACAGAGAUCAAAAGUUCUUCAUUGAUCCUAUGAAGUUGUUACCAUUGGCCAGAUUUCUCCCUAAACCACCUGGACAGAAAGGACCCCCAGGGGGUGUUGGAGGCAGAGGCAGAGGAGGAGGCAGGGGUGGCCGAGGGGGUGGUAGAGGUUUUGGACGUGGAGGAGGAGGCAGAGGUGGUGGUGGCUUCCGUGGAGGAGGUAGAGGUGGAGGAGGAGGAAGAGGUUUCAGAGGGGGCUCCAGAGGAGGUGGCGGAGGAUUUAGAGGUCGUGGAAGAUGAUCACAAACAGAGAAUUUUGGCUGGACUAGUCCUUCGCUUGUUUAAUUUAUCCAGUGUACAGAAUCCUAGCAAGACUUCAAGAUCGAAAUGGCAUAGUUUACUUCAUCAACUUUGAUCUAGCCUGUGUACAUCCACCCCACCCCUCAAAGAACUUUCUGAAAAGUAAUCCUUGUUUCUCCAACUGCUUUAUUGACUCAGAGGUCAUCAACCUUAAUCCCAGGCUCUCUCCUCCUUUGGGACAACAAGGGAGGCAAAGUAGAGAGCCUGGGAUCAAGGUUGAGAGGUCAUACAGAGGACAUAAAUAAUUCUGUUGCUAAAUCGCUGUGCAAGAAGAUGCUAUAGAAAGUGAAAUACUGAUGUACUUUCAGUUGUGAGAAGUGCCUUACAUGAGAGAAUUGACAUAUUUCUUUUCCUAUACAUGUCAUUUGUUGUGUUACUCAUUGUAAUGUGAAAAACCGUCUUGUGAAAAUAUCAUUAUAUUUUUUAUUGAGAAACAAAACUGUUUUAUGUCUUCUUAAUAAAAAAAUACAGAAAAGCUA